AGGGUCUUGCUAAGUCUUCCCCCUUUUUCCCAGAGGUGUGUUGCAAAUCUAGCUUGGCGCUUUCCUUUUUGUAAGGUUAGGGUGUAGGUCCAGCGACGCUUCAAACAGAGCAAGAAAAAUACGCAGAUCGGAAUUCGAAGGAGGAGCGCGGCACUUGAUUUUCGUGGUAACAUUCGCGACACAAAGUAGCAGAAGACGUAACUAGCACGUGCACACAGCGCGCUAGAGAUGAGGGCACAAAUGGAAGACGAGCCACAUGAACCGGGAGAAGGCUCUCGCAAUCAGAGCCACGCUCCUGCCGACAGAGAACCGCUACUGAGAGAGGAGCGUGAGGCAGAAGGUACGCGCAGCGCGACCAGCAGGAGUGAAGCUAAAAGUGGGAGGGACAACGACAAGAAGCACAACUCUAACUCUUGCCACGUAUGGUCUCGCGAUACGGUAUUUCGGAGGCAGGAAGUGAUCUGUGCCACCCUCCUGUUGGUCGUUGCUCUGAUGGCAUUUUUGACGUGGUUUUGGAUCUAUAUGCAUGCGGCGGUGUACACGCGAUACGACGACGGGCGGGUGAAUUUAUAUAUUCUCUCGGAUGGAUGGUUUUUUGAGAAGGCGUGGAUCACUGGCGCCGCUGAGAAACUGCGCGCCGCAAAUGUGCACAUGGUGAAGCCUGUAAGUGCUGGCUAUGCGGAUAUCGACGCCGUGAAUUCGCAAAUUCGUUCGGAUCCCCGGAUCUUCAAGGUUACCAUGGGCACAUACGAAAGUCACGGGGAGAGGCUGGCCUCACUAGGCGAGAAGCAACUCCUGGUGCCGCGUAUGAACGAGAAUUUGAAUACCGCGAGGCGCUGGAGCGGAAUCGUGAACAAAAAAGAAAUGAUGGAAAACAUUUUCGCGGACUUCGCCGCCGACCCCGAAAUCCAGGAUAUGGUCAGCAUUCGUGGUGGCAAGUGCACGGCUCAAAUGUUGCUAAGAUUUCGUGACUCCAAGGACCCGAAAUUCCUGCCUGGUGGUGCUCUGGCCGAGGACGAAGACGAACACAAAACGGAAGCGAGGCAAGGCGAUGCGCUGCGGAGGAGCGCCCAGAGGGCGCUACGGCCGCCCUCUCCUGAGGCCCCCUGGAUGCUGAAGCCGUCGGUCGGCCAGGGUGGGCCGCUGGUGUCUGCCUUGUAUAGAAAAGUCAAUUCACUGGCAGAGGCGAUCCAGCACCUUGAAGCACAUCCGGAGGUCCCGUUUUUGGCCAUGGAGUUCAUCUCAUCACCUGGCGAGGACUCCUUCCAUUUCGUGUUCGACGCAGGCAACGAAGCCGCGCCGUAUUUGAAGAUGCGGCAGGUCCGGGAAGUGGCAGAUUCCGAGGCUCAAAAUGAUGUGAUCGCGCAUCACGGAGGCUACGCGUCGUCUUCGAGGAUUGAUACAGACCCCGCGUUGGCCCGCAAACUGCAGAAAAUCCUGGCAAAACUGGACUACCGCGGCCUCGGUUGCUUCGACCUUAAGUAUCGCAACGGCAACUUGGACCAACCGGUGAUCCUGGAACUGAAUCCCCGGAUAUGCGGGACGAUGACGCGGUUCGACGAUUAUGGGGAGUGGAUUCGAGAUUGGGCGCUUAUCAAUGCAGACCAAAACCACCCUUGUGAGCAACUGAAGAGUACCCUGCUGGCGAAACAGCAGGCGGACCAGGCGAGUCUGGGCCAACAAGGGCUAGCAAGAGCAAGUAAUAAAAAACGCAAAGACAAACGGGCGCCCGUAAAAGACGCAGUGAAACGGACGAAAGGCGACCGCGAGGAUUUGGAGAAGCUCGCAGCACAAUGCGGAUGGACGCUUUCGUCUCCUAGGGAUGAUUUGAGUGAUCGGCUUUUCUCGUUGACGGCUUGGAACAACGCGGCAGACGCGUUCUACCCGGCGAGCUCGAUCGCAGCCCGCAAUUACUCUCUGGAAUAUCGUAUGGGACCUACGAAGUUGUCGCUUAUUCUAUUCAUGCUAGCUGCCGCUUUUCUGGUGGUGGUCUUGUUCAGUAUGGACCUCGCGUCGAUGGCGUGUGGUUAUUCAUGUGCCGAUGCCGUUUGGGUGCAUUGCCUACUCUGCCGGUGCCAAUGCUGUUGUUGUUCCCGUUGUUGUGCAGCGUGCUACAAAGGGUCACCCGAUGCCGCGUGUCAUUGUCGUUGUUUGGACCGUACUUGGUGGGAUGAAAACACGCCUGGGAAUAAUGCGUGGCGCCAUUCUGGUGGGGAUGGGGGCAGUAUAUUGGGAGAGCCUGUGCGCGGCACUCUGUAGUGUUAGCCGACGACAUCGGAGACGGCGUAGGACUGAGAUGUAUUUCAGAGAUCCACUCCAUUAUCAAAAUGCUCGUAGAUUCAAUUGAUAAAGUUCUUGCACGAGACGAGGAGGUGAUAUUUUCUUCAUAAUUUGAGGUCGUGUAGUGGUAGCGUCUAGGUCUAGUAGUAGUACAUCUAAACUAGCUCCUAAAUUUGAUCAUCUUAAAAUCGACGGAAAAGAAGAAGCUUAGCGUAUACUACAGGGGGUUAGUCCCGUCCGUCGCCGGCAGCUUCUCGGAUUUACGUGCAAGCCCUUCCCUUUCGGAUCAGCAUGGCACUUCAAAAAGAAAGGCCGCAGCACUGCACAGAGCUGAACUUUGGACGCGUCGGUAUGCCUAUUUAUUUGCUGCUAAUUUUAUUUGCGUUAGAGUUAGGCUUAGGACGUCGAUCAUGCGGAGGCAGCCUAUCAACUACAACCUCGUCCACGGGACCGACGAUGAGAAAGGAACCAAUAGGGUAUGCGCAUAUCAAUGGAGCAUCUUCACUCUUGGACCGUUCCUCGAACUUGAAAAUGAUUGAAGGUCGAAUAAUGCGGUUUUUAACUGGUAGGGAUUGCUCUUCUUUUUAGAAGGUAC